AUGGCCCAAGCUGUGACUGUAGUUUACGAUGGGUUCACGUUCACAGCUGCAGUACCUACUGCUACCCAAGCCAGCGCCCAGCACGACUACCUUUACGACCCACCUCCUUCUCCCGGCUUGUCACCCACAGAAAAAGGCGCCAUAGCUGCCGGCGUAUUUCUCUUCGUGUUGUUUUGGGCAGUGUACAUAUGCCUUUGUCUUCGGAACCGGGGCUCCGGAAGGAGUAAUCCUGCUUGGGGACGUGGUCUUCCUCGCGAACAAGCCAGAGCUCUUGGACUUGACCAGCCGUGGGUUUCACCACCCAGCUUUCCAGCUCCUGCAUACAACCAUUCUGGCCACAACCAGAGUUGGAAUUAUGGACAUAACAGAUGGGAAGAAGAACGUCGUAGGCAGGAAGAUCGUCGUAUAGAGGAAGACAAUCGCCCAAAUCAGUAUUCAUGGAACAACAGAAGCAAUAACACAACAUCCGAUCCUGAUCCUUAUCGAAUUGCGCAAGAAGCAGCUAGGCAAGAUAGAUUGAGAGCGGAUGAAGCGGCUAGGCAGGAUAGAUUAAGAGCGGAAGAGAGGACAAGGAAUGAGAGGGCGUAUAUUGCUACUUAUGAUGCUAGCUAUCGAUGA